AAAAAGAACCUUUCAUACAGCCUACAACGGAUUUCAGUCGUCGGUGAAAAUAAGUAACAUAGUUUCUUUUCUUGCAUUUUGGUAAUCCAAAAAAAAAAUAAAAAAAUAAAAAAAUAAAAAAAAAAAACAUAGUUUAUUCAAAUUAUAUAUAAUGAUGCUUUUGUGCAUAAUUUUGUCUGUAAGCUGGACAGCGCUUACUAGCGCUGCUCCUUUGCAAAAACUAGAACCAAUGCCAGGUUAUGUGCCGGUGUACAUAAGAGAAGGCGAUAUUGCCUUAAAUGACAUCAAUCCGGAAUUGGCGGAAGCUUUUCAUGAGGAUAAAUUAUCAAAGAUAUCAAGAGAAGAAAAUAAAAGCGUAAAGCAAAUUGAAAAUCAACGGGAGGAAAACGUGGAAAAUUUUCAAGCUACAGACGAGCUUAAGAAUAGGGAAAAGGAACUUAAUGCGAGAGAAUACGCAGAAUUUAUAAUAACUGAAGGAAUAGAAGAACGAAAAUCGCAUAAGAAAGAAGACAUUGCUACCAUCGAAGUCAUUAAAAGUACUGAGAAAUCCUUAGACUUUCCAUUGCCAAAUGCUUGCCCAACACCCAGUAAACAAGUUCUCGGCUGCCUUAGCGAAUGGACCUGCCGUCACGUCAUUAACUUGGAUUUACGUUGUCUUUUAAAUAUCAAUAGUCAUCCUUUGCUCGGCAAUUUGUUGGCUACGAAUGACAUAACCGGUGGCUUACUCGAUGGUUUGUUGGGACGUUAA